CAAGCAUUCGGGUUGGGGCUUGCGAUCGACGUCCGCUCAGUUUUUUGGCAAACACUUUCUGACAUUAUAAGCAACGGAUGGCUCGGAGUCGACGUCGCAUUACACGUUCUGCAACUCAAAAGUCACCAGAACGCUCGCCAAGCUCAUCACGUUCAUCGUUGACACCGAUGGAGGACGAACCAGAGCCCACGCAGGCGGAAUCGACACCAACUAAGCCAGAUGAAGAUGUGUGCCCAUCAUGCAGAGAAGGCGUACAGGGCGAAAAGAGUAGCUGGAUACGCUGUGAUGCCUGCAAGAUUUGGUUCCAUUGGGCAUGCGUAGAGAACGGAAGUGACCUCGAGUUGAUUAACAAAUGGUUCUGCGGGCCAUGCAUGGCAGAGAAGCCGUCGCGUGUGAUGACGCUCAAGGUUCCUGCACGCAAGUCCUCACGGAAGCGUACACAAUUGGACUACGCGAACCUCAACGCAGGAGUCGAAUCCGACCCGAGUAGAUGGUUACGAGUCAUCCAGAGCAAGCCAAUCAAGGACGACAAUUUCAGGAGAAUGAAGGGUGCCGACGUGGGCCUGGAAUGGUUGGAGAACGACGAAGCUGCGAUGCAUGAACCAAUUGUAGUGGAGAAUCCGGAGGGACUGAGAAUGAAGAUGCCUCCACCCGAAUUCUCGGUUCAAGACGUCGCGGAUGAAGUUGGCCACGAAACACCUGUGGAAGUCAUUGAUGUUGCCUCACAGUCAAACUCGCCUGGAUGGACGUUAGGCCGUUGGGCUGAGUACUAUAAUACAGAACCUUCCAAACGAGACAAGAUCCGUAACGUGAUAUCGUUGGAAAUUUCAGGGACAAAACUUGCAGACCAAGUGUUACCCCCAAGACUUGUGAGAGAAUUGGACUGGGUUGAAAAGUUCUGGCCAAGUACACGUAAAGGGAAGGGGCAUGCAUACCCCAAGGUGCAGCUGUAUUGUCUCAUGGGCGUCGCUUCCGCGUGGACAGAUUGGCACGUAGAUUUUGCUGGCUCGUCAGUGUAUUAUCAUAUACUUCGUGGAUGCAAGGUAUUCUACUUCAUACGUCCCACGCCAGCCAAUUUACAAGCGUACGAACGAUGGUCUGGGACUGAGAUGCAAAGCAAUGUCUGGCUAGGUGACAUGGUGGACGAGGUGGUGAAGGUCACUCUUCACGCAGGCAACACGAUGAUAAUACCAACAGGGUGGAUACAUGCUGUGCACACCCCAGUAGAUUCUCUAGUCUUCGGCGGAAAUUUCCUACACUCUUACAACAUUGCAACGCAGCUGAAAGUGAUUGACAUUGAGAAAGCAACGCAUGUGCCCAAAAAAUUCAGGUUUCCGUUGUUUGUCAAGCUCUGCUGGUAUGUAGGCGACAAAUAUUUGCGAGACCUGAAAUCGAAAGAAGAGUUUCCUCCUCGUGUUCUGGAAUCUCUUGAAGCUCUUGCCCAUUUUCUCGUGUCGGAGUCACAAGCCAUGGAACGCGGGACGGAGGUAGCCAAACGGGAAGCCAAGGAAAACGUCCCAAGUGAUCGCGUGAAGGACGCACCAGCGAUGGCUCGUGAGCUGAGGUGGCGUGUGCGGCUUGCAGCAGGAGCGACGAGCGAUGAUGAGGACAUCGGGUGCCUAGUCAAGAAGAAUAUGGUGAAUGGUCACAAACGGAAGCGGUCGCCCACUAGUGCAGCUGGAUGGGAUGUGGUCAAUGAACUUCCCCGGGAAUCAGACGAGCGGGUCAUGAAUAUUCACCCCCCAAAGACAUCGGAUAUGUGGGAACGAGAAUGGACGGAGUGGAAUAAAGAGUUUGAAGGUCAGGAACAUGAGGAACGGGCGACUGUGGAGACAACGAGAGAUGUGAUGAUCAAAGUUAGGAAGACUGAAAAUGGGGUAGAAAGACAGCGGAUAGAGCGGGUGAUGGAAAAGUGGGUUUGGAAACCUGAGUCUUCGAAGCCAGAAGGUGUUCCUCAAGAUGUCGAGAUGAAGCCUAUAGAAGACGCGCCCCUAGGAUGCGAAGAAGUGACGAAGGAAGAGGAACAGGGGGCUGAAGUUCAUGUCGCUUCGCCGCUGGAGACAACUCAAGCGAUGGAGGUGAUUGCUUAG